GUGCACUAGGGUCGUACAGACGUCCCGAACAAACCUCGAACAUCAGCACAGCGCGAGGCUUCCUCCAACAUGCUCCUAGCCCGCUCCGGCCCGGCGCGUGGAUGCUCUGAGCUCAUAAUGAUUUGUGCCGGAUGAAGGGCAUAUCCACCCCUCACCGACGUCGACCUCAUUUCUCAUCUUCUUUCUCAACUGCAUCUCGAACGCACUCUUCGCCUGUCCCGAACUGCUUGAAUAGCCUAUAGCCGGAAGCACGAUGGCCGCCGAGCUACCCAUCCCGGUAUAUACCACCCUUAAUGAUGUCCUCGGAGACCUCCAGACUGCCGUUGUACAGAGCGUACGGUGGAACGGUGUAGUCGAGGAGUUUGAGAAGCGCUUUGGAAGGAAACCAGCAUACAUCGCUCGUGCUCCUGGCCGUGUCAACCUGAUUGGGGACCACAUCGACUACGUCUUCUUUGGCGUCCUUCCCGCUGCCAUCGAGCACGACAUCCUAAUCGCUUGCGGGCCCUCCAGAACCACUACUACACUCUCGAGCUCUAACUCCCCACCCGGCGCUGUUUCCGCGCAGAACCUCGAUCAGCGCUAUGUCCCACAGAGCUUCACACCUAUGCUACGGCAUGCGCCGCUACCCACCGAAGCAGAGCAGCGCGAGGCUGCGGGUGCGGUGCGUGCGCAGGAGUGGUUUCUCGAGAUUGAUAAGAAGGAGUUGCGGUGGGAGAGCUAUGUCAAGGCGGGAUACUAUGGCGUGUUGAAUCGCUUCUUCUCUCCAUCCGGGGGAGAGGCACAUCCGGUCCCCAUUGACCUCCUUGUCACUGGCUCCGUCCCUUCCGGCUCUGGGCUCUCAUCCAGUGCAGCUAUGGUUGUUGCCUCCACACUCGCCUUCCUCGCGGUGAACAACAAGCUCGGCGGAUUGACGAAGGGUCAGCUGGUCGAGAUGGCCAUGGAGAAUGAGAAACGCGUCGGUGUGAACAGCGGAGGGAUGGACCAGGCUGCCUCGGUGAUGUCGACAUCCGCUUCCGCGCUUUACAUCACCUUCUUUCCCGCUCUUAACGCGGAACCCGUCCUGUUGCCAACAUCGCGUUCGCUCCCACGAGCCGUAUUCGUCUGCGCGAACUCGCUCGUAGUCAGCGACAAGGUCGUCGGCGCGAAAACUCGCUACAACCUCCGCGUUGUCGAGACGCUCGUCGCCGCUCGCGUUCUCGCCUAUUUGCUCGGCAUCUCGGUCGCACCCACCGAACGACCAACGCUUCGCGAGGUGCUCGGGCGGUGGCUCGGGUUCGAGGAAGCCAAGGGACACCCGACUCUAUUGGAUACCGAGCAGCUCAAGAAAGGUCUGGAGAAGGUUUUACCUGAGGUAGAGAGGUUGAGACCUCGGAAAGUACAGGUGGGAGAGAGAGAGGAGCAGCUGGGUGUGACGAUGGAGGAGAUGAUUGAUAUGAGUGGAUUGGGAGAGGCCGCAUUCCAGGAGGUGUAUCUAUCGUGGGUCGAUGUCGAGGCUACGCAUUUCCAGCUAUACAAGCGCACGAAGCACGUAUUCGAGGAGGCACUACGCGUGCUGCAGUUCCGAGAGAUCUGCCUGCGCGCAGCAGACGCGCCGUCGCCCCUGCCGGAGAGCACAUUGAUAGAGCUCGGCGCGCUGAUGGACGCAUCGCACCGCAGCGCAUCGACUCUGUGCGAGAAUUCGUGUCCCGAGGUGGACGAGCUCGUGCGGAUCGCGAAGGACGCGGGGGCAUAUGGGAGUAGGAUAACUGGCGCUGGCUGGGGAGGAUGUACCGUGUCGCUUGUCGCGGAGAACCAGGUUGAGGAGUUCAUCCAGAAGAUGAAGGCGGCGUAUCCGCCAUACCAGAAUCUGGACGAGGAGGCACUCAAGCAGGUGAUCUUUGCGACGAAGCCCAGCAGCGGGGCCUGUGUUCUCAAGCUCGAGGAAUGAGGUAGUAAUGCAUCCCAGUUGACCUCGAAGUACUCUAUGGAUGUAAUCAGCGAAGCAUGCAUCACGUCGCUGAAGACGUUUCCUGCAUGAGAGAUCAUGGUAUACAUGAUAUUCAAGUGUGCAAAAAGUUUGGGAUGGUUCUGCGCCUGCACAUACCUGCUGCAUGCUAAAUAAUAGCGGCCUACGCGUUGGGAGUCGAGGAUGUCACGCUGACAAUUCACUCGCCAGAGAUAGCACGGUCAUUGCUUCACCCUC